AUGAGUUUCCGCCACGUUCGCCCGAUUGAAACCGGAUAUUACAUGGCAGUAAUUGGUGAUGAAGAUACAGUUACUGGUUUCCUUCUUACCGGUAUUGGUCAAAUGGAAACAGAUAAGACAUGCAACUUCCUUUUAGUUCGUCCAAAGACAACACAGGAAGAAAUAGAAAAAGCUUUCAAGACAUUCACAGAUAGAGACGAUGUUGCUAUUCUUUUCAUCAACCAGCAUAUCGCAAAUGAAAUUCGUCAUUUAAUCACAGAAUUCAACAAGCCAUUACCAGCUAUCAUUGAAGUUCCUAGUAAGGAUCACUCAUACAAACCAGAAGAAGAUCCAGUUUUCCAGAGAGUUUCUGCUCUUCUCGGUUUGUCUUCUUAA